AUGGCUACUGAAAAGCCCAAGAAGAGAAGCCCUAGAGCUUGGGAUUCCCUUGAUCCGCCUCUAGCGGACUGGAUUCGCGAUGCCGUCGCAACCAUGGGCUUCAACCAGAUGACGCCCGUCCAAGCUGCAACUCUGCCACAUUUCCUUGGAAACAAAGAUGUUGUAGUCGAGGCCGUCACUGGUAGUGGAAAAACCCUUGCUUUCCUUAUUCCUCUUGUCCAAAAACUCCUCCGACUUAGCGAGCCCACGAAAAAGCAUCAUGUCGCCGCCAUCAUUGUCUCUCCCACCCGUGAACUGGCUGCCCAGAUCCAUACUGUUCUUGUCAACUUACUGCAAUUCCACGAGGCCUCUGCCGAAGUCCUUCCCCAUCUUAAAGGCGACGAAAAGCGACCUUCCACCAUGGUGCCCGCCAUCGUGCCCCAAUUGCUAGUUGGAGGUACAACGACUACGGCACAAGAUCUUAGCUUCUUCCUUCGACACAGCCCUAAUGUUCUUAUAUCCUCGCCCGGCCGUCUCGUCGAGCUCCUCUCUUCGCCCCACGUCCACUGCCCUCAAUCGUCCUUCGAAGUUCUGGUUCUUGAUGAAGCCGAUCGACUCCUUGAUCUCGGUUUCAAGCCUGACCUACAGAAGAUCUUGUCGCAUUUGCCGAAACAACGAAGGACUGGUCUUUUCAGCGCCAGUGUGAGUGAGGCUGUUGGCGAGAUCAUCCGAGUUGGUCUGCGAAACCCUGUCAAGAUCGAAGUUAAGGUUAAGAUGAAGGGAGGUGGUAUUCUUGAGGAUAGAAAAACGCCUGCUAGUCUUCAGAUGACAUACAUGGUCAAGCCAGCCAGCCAAAAACUUCCUGCUCUUGCGGAGCUUUUGCGACAACUACCUAUACAACCUCAAAGGAGUAUUGUCUUUCUUUCUACGUGCGCCGCUGUCGACUAUUUCCAACAUACCCUGCCUCUAAUCCUACCAGAAGGCUUUGCGCUGGUACCUCUACACGGAAAGCACCCAGCUAAAGUACGAGAGAAGAACUUCAACAAGUUCCUCAACUCGGUUUCUCCCACAAUAUUACUCACAACUGACUUGGCUGCUCGUGGAUUGGAUAUUCCACAAGUCGACCUGGUUGUUCAAAUCGAUGCGCCUUCGGAUCCCAAAGUGUUUAUCCACCGCAGUGGACGAGCUGGUCGCGCAGGCCGAAAAGGAUUGGCAGUGGUGAUGUUACAUCCGGGACGAGAGGAAGACUAUGUACAGUUCUUGGAAAUUCGCAAAACACCAAUCGCAAAGUUGGAAAAGCCUGUUGUCAUCACCUCAGAGGAAGAUGCUGCUGAAGCCACGAAGAAGAUGAGAGACCUUGUAUUGACAGACAGGGGUUUAUUCGAUAAGGCCCAAAAGGGAUUCGUAAGCUUUGCUCGAAGCUACGGCGCUCACCAAGCUACCUCUAUCUUCCGUGCGGCCGACCUUGACUGGGCCGAUCUUGGCAACGCAUGGGGACUACUCCGUAUGCCUCGAAUGCCCGAACUCAAGGGCUGGACAGGCGAUAAGAUGUGCGGUCUUGAGAUCGACUGGGACAAUUAUGCCUACAAGGAGAAGACUCGAGAACAAGCGAGAAAGGCUGCUCUUGAGGAGGACAAGUCCGGCACCAAGAAAGAGAUUCAGAAAGAGGAGGUUAAACGCAAGCGCAAGAACAACGAGGCCUGGAGUGCUAAGCAUGAGAAGGAAGACGAACGAGUAGAGCGAAGGGAGAAGCGACGCAAGCGACGCGAGGCAGAGGCAACAUCCAAGAUGACGGACGACGAGAAGGUUAAGCAGAUGGAGUUGAACGACCUGAUCGCCGAGGUUCGGAGACAAAAUCGUGAAAAAGCAGCGGCUGAGGCUACGGCGGCUAAGAAAGAUAAAGACGAUGAGUUUGCAGGUUUCGACGAUUAG